AUGUGCCAGGGUGGAAGUCGAAGCCCACGCCGUUUCGACCGAUCGACAACAAUCAAUCCCAUUCGCGUUGUCAUCUCACAAACCACAAGGUCAGAGUCCAACGAGAUGGCUUCAUCCGCCGACAUGGCGUCGACCUCCUACUUUGGUCGGCCCGUAGCCAAGCACCGGCUUGCCACCGACUUCGACCUGCUUGUCAAGUGGUCCCGGGUCCUUGGAGCACGCCCGGAGAACCCCUCCUGCAUCCUGUCGCAGCUCUCUAAGGAAGACCAAGCUGCCCUGUUCUCUCCAUCAUUCGAGCAGUUCCGCAUCGUCGACGACGCGUCGGAGGGUCCCAAGAUUGAGAUCGUCCAGAACAAGCUGUACGAGCGACUUGGACUCGCACCUAUGGAUCCCGACCUGGCCGCCAUGAUGGUCUCUGACAACUACAAGCGUUCCGAGAAGUCUUUGUGCGAUGUCGCCUGCCACCUGCGUGACGCCGAGGAGGAGUCUGGCAUUCUCUACGACUUUUGCCUCCAGAAAGCCAAAAACGCGGGCUGGACUGACUACGAAGCUCACCAGUACGCCAAGAUGUACCGGUCCAGGCAUUUCGUUCACAUUGUGCGCCGCCGGCAACAGGAGAUCAGAGACGAGAAGCGCAAGCUCACCAUUCCCGGCUAUACCCCUAUUGAGCGGGAUUUGAUCCCUGUGAUUGAAGACCCUCUUGAAGCUGCCUCAACCACUGGGCUGCGGUCGUACUUUGCUGGCCUUCCCGAGGCCACCUCGACCCUGGCAUCUGUCCGUCUUGCAGAGAAUGGCCCUCCCGCCUCAGCGUAUGCCGGCCAGACUCACGACCUUCAACAAACACCAGUUUCUGCGCCUACCAGCAAUGUGGGAUACAUGCAGGCCGCCCGUCACGAGUACCAUCCAUCAUUUUCUCCUCACGUCACCACAUCAGUUGUCGAUCAGUUGCGACUUGAAGACAUUCAGCUGUACCAGACGCCGUCGCCCGUUGGCGAGCACUCUCAGGCGAAUGCCACCCCUUUCACCCCAUCACCCGCUCCCAUGACUACGAAGGCCUCCUACUCUGGUUAUGUCUCGGGCGCCAGCGACACCUCCAUGGAGGCUCAAGCAUCUGACAACUCAGGCCAGUUCUCCGACGCAUCUUCUGCUGUUACAGAGAUGCCUGUGUAUGCUGCAGAUGACGACGAUUAUGAUGACGCCGACGGCGGCGCCUUGUUGCCCAGAGACCUUGCUGAGUCGCUUGGAAUCCCCUCUCAGAUCCCUUACUCCUCACAUGUCACUCAACAACCUGUCUUUCAAACAAUGCCCACAGUUCCGCUGGGAGCCCUCUUGGGUGCCGGUCUGAGCGGAUACUGGCUUCCCGUGUACGCCGCUUCCGAUGUCGCUGAGAACGGAAACCAAAAUUCCCCUGCGUUUCAGUUCCCCCCUCUGAACGCUCCUGCCAAUACCGAGUGCAACAGCCCCGACCUUGUGCUCACCACCACUACUCAGUUUGGUGAUACCCAGUUGACGACUUUGCUGACUCCUGCCAAGGGCCCGCGGAAUUCCUUGUCUGAGAAUGUCAAGGUGACCCAGUACCCUGAGUCUCGACAGCAGCUGUGGAACGGAAUGACAUGUUACGAUGUCCCCUCAUCUGCCCUGGGCUUUUUGAAAAAGCAUCAGAUUCUUCCGACGUACUGGACCACCAAGCUGGGCAAGGAGCGCUUUCUGCGACACAAGUUCAGCGAUUUGAAGCACGCAGAUGCCAAGGUCAUGCGUGACAAAACCUUGGGCAAGGUUGCUCGCAAUCCUGUCUACAUUGUCGUCGACUUGUCCAACAUCAUUAUUGGCUUCUACGACAAGAUGAAGGAGAAGCGUGGCAUUCCCCUUGGCAGGCGCGUUAUUGCCCCUGCCUUCAGCUUCAAUAACUUCGACACGCUGCUUGCCCGCGAUCGGAGUGUCGGGAAGCGUAUUCUUGCCGGAUCACUUGGAAGCGCCACCAAGUCUUUGCCAAGCCAUGUCAAGCAAGCUGGCGCCAUAGGCUAUGAUGUUAACCUUUUGCAUCGGGUGUCCAAGCCAGUUUCGCCGCGUAAGAUGCGAGCGGAUCUUCAGUCGGACACUUCUAACGAUGACGACGACCUCUUUACCGGCCCCAUGAAGCUGGGCGAGCAAGGUGUCGACGAGGUUCUCCAUCUCAAGCUUCUUCAGCUUGAUUUUGAUCACAAGCCUGGCACCAUUUGUCUGGGCACUGGCGAUGCUGCGUCUGCCGAGUACUCUGACGGUUUUUUGAAGAACAUUGAGCGUCUCCUUGAGCGCGGCUGGCGUGUCGAGUUGUACGGAUGGGCUCAUAACAUUUCCUUUGCCUGGCGCGACGAGUUUGAGACCAAGUGGGCUGAUUUCUUCAAGAUCAUUGAGCUGGACGAGUUCUGUGAGGAGCUUUUUGACAUGACCGUUGAGUCCAUCCCGGACUUCAAACCGGCCUUUUAACCUCCCCCACGAGAAUCUUGUCAGCUCGACUGACUGAAUGGUCUUACCGACCGGCAUCGAUUCUACGAUCUUCAGCCUAUUUUUUUGGCCUCUGUUCGCAUCUCCCGGCGUUCUGUACAACAUCAUUUCUUCGGCUCUCUUUUCUGCUAGAUCUAUUGUCCAUGACUCGAUCUGGUGGUCUUCUCUGCGGCCCUCUGCUAUGUUGCGAAUUUCCACUCAGCGACACUUUCAAUUUCGCAGUCUUUUGUCUCCAGACUGCUAGCCCAUGAGUACGGAACACCACAACAGCAGCAAUGGCUACCGCGACAACACAACCGCAGGCCAAACCAUCAUUUUGAGAGCAUCCUCUCGCGCACAUUCACACUUUUCGACUCGUCAUGAGUGCGACGAUAACACGAUAACAACAAAAAACAACAACAAAACGACUGAUGACUAUAUGAUCUGGUUUCACGAUGGAAUGAUGGAUUUCGACGAGAAUAGGGUUUGCCUUCCAGACCAAGGCUUGCUUUCUGUUUCUGUCGACAACCUCCCACAUCGAGUUCACCCUGCCUCAGCACACGGCCGGAUAUACGACACUUUGAACAGAAUUGAGCCUUCUCAAACGGUACAAUUCUGUGGCGCUGCCUAACCUUCCCGGUUUUCAUUUUCUUUUUGGGGGGGAGGUAUUUUGACGGCGCAACACGAUAAACACCAAGAAUAAUGGUUGGGCAUGGGUCAUAUGGGAAACAUGGGAGUUUUCGCGGCAUUUCAUAAAGAUACCCCGGCAUCUUCUUUUUCGGAAAGGAUUCACCGCAUUUCCACCUGGGCGCAGUUUUCCCUUCUUGGUGGUCUUCUGUUUCUUUCCAUUGUUUCACGGAUGGAUGGCGCACCUGUUUUUCUUCCUCCUCUUGGCAGGCACCCUUGGGUUGCGGACGAUAGAUGGAUCCCCUCAUACACGGUCUUGAUGAUACCGGAUUUUCACGAUUGAAGGAUUUUCACGAGGUGGUGAAGGAGGACAUCGGAAACGACUUUUUUUGAGGGCCCAAGGUCACACAGAGCGAUGGAAGGCAUUCUGGGCAUUUUCACGGCAUGAAGCGUACUCGGAAUUACACAUGCGGUAUGCGACACACGAUAACGGGUUUUAUGGAGUUUUUAUGGGCUUUUUAUGGGUUUUUAUGGGUUCACGGAUAUCACGAGGAGGAAAUGGGUAUUAUGAAGAAGGAUUUCUCCGAUAGUGUUUUUUAUUGGCUGGCCCCUUGGGGUUAUCGUCUUGUUAUCCUUCGAAUGAUCUGAUGGUAGCAUUUGUUUCCCAACAUGGAUAGGAGAAUUCUUCGGUUUUAUUUUUAUUUUCUUUCUUGUUCUUUGUGUUAUGGCACUAUGGUUAUGGCGCUUGGUCAAUGGUCAGCAUGAGGAAGAUUCAUGACAGCGAGGUGGUUUGUUUGCUUUUUGAAGCACAGCGUAUUGUGUAUAUGGACUAUGAGCAUGGCACUGGCUUGACAUGGCGUUGCGAGCAUACACUUGGGAUUGGAGGUGAAGAAUAGCGUCAUGCUUCGUGAGGGUGGUGCUUGAGUGGUGAAGUAGUAGAUAUGGGAUAUCAAUAUACAUCAUGGUUGGGGGACUUUUUGGUAGUCUUCAUGGUCGUGAUGGAGGUGAUGGUGUGGUGAAGCUGUUCUUUGGGUCUGGCCCGUGAGCUGAUAUGUAUGUGCCCUGUGAUGUGGUAUAUACUUGUCAUUCCUCCG